AUGUCUGCUCUGGUCCAGGAGUCCCCAGAUCGAGCCGUCACGGCCAUCGAGCCUCUGACAGGAAGCGAUAACUUCGCUACCUGGAAACGUCUCAUGACCUCCUACCUCAAAGCGAGACAGGUCUGGGACGUGGUGUCGGGCGACCUUCAGCGUCCCGACUGCCUUUUCAAGUACGCCAAACCUAUUACGGCGGACAUCCACCCAUUGGUGGAGCCCCACCUCAGUGGGGCGGUGAGGCAGCGCGCCAUCGAUGCGCGCCUCGAAGUGGAGGUCCAGGCGUUCGAGCGUCACCGUGAAUGGUCGCGCCGCGAAGCCGAAGCCUACCACACCAUCUUCCGAUACCUGUCCCCCCACAUCAGCAUUCACGUCGCGGGGCUCGAGACGUCUCGUGACCUCUGGAAUGAACUUGAAGAACGGUAUCGGCGGAUGGAACUCGCCACGUUCUGCGAGCUGUUUGCCCAGUUGCGUGAAACCACUGGUGAGCGCUGCGGCAGUGCGCGGGAAUUUGUCGAUCGGGUACGAAUGUUAGUACAUCGGUUGAAUGCUAUUGUCCCGGGAUCUAUCGGUGACCGGACGCACAUCGCGAUCCUGUUGACGCAGAUCGGACCGGAAUACAUCUUGAUCGUGGACGCGAUCCAGAAUGACAAGGAUCCAGUCAACCCGACCACGAUCGGAAACCGUCUGGCAAAUGCUGAACAGACGGUGCAGCGAAAGGACGCAGCGAUGCUCCCGCACGGGGUUCCUGGCGGACCGAGAAGCCCCUCAAUCAAUACAGUGCAGAAGAACACUAAGAAAUGCAACUACUGCAAGAAGCGCGGACAUGUCGUUGCGCAAUGCUGGAAGAAACAGCGAGAAACGCAGCCGUCCAGGGACCAUGCCCUGAAGGCCGAGAGGAGUGUUUCCGGCUCACCAAGAAAUAAUUUGCAAAUGAUACCAUCAAGCCAGAUGGCAGAUCGGCAGGGCCCGCCGACUUCCAAGAGACCGAGGAUCAAUAGCGUCAGGGCGAGGGUGACGACCCUUUAUACCCACGCACCGCAGCCCCGGUGGAUCCUGGACUCUGCCGCUACCAGCCACAUCCGCUGGGACCGGAGCUGUUUUACCAGUUUGCGGCCCCACCGCGAGGUGUUGGACGCGGCGGGCGAUCCAGUAGAAGCCGAAGGGAUUGGUACGGUGAAGCUCACGCUCCGGGGGAAGUUUAACCAACCCCUGGUGUUGAAGAACGUGUACUUCGCGCCACGCGUCGGGAUGAACCUGAUCAGCGUGCCGAAGCUACUACGAGACCGCUACUCGGUGGUGGCGCACCCGUAG